AGAGGGGCACCGAGAAGCGUCGGAGCUCUAGAAAACCGUCCCUUUGGAGGCGGCGGCCGCUCUGAACCUCGGCAGAGCACUUCAAAGGAGACAGAGCGAGGGAAGGAGCGUAGUUCCCCGGGCCCCCGGAAAGCGCUUUGACCGCGCGAGCUCGCACGCCGGCGCAGUGGAUCUCCUCGGAACCCUUUUUGCCGCUCCCUCGGAACCUUUCUGGCGCGCUACUUAGCGUGUCACUUCCGGCGAGGCAGAGGAGGCGGGAGAGUGAGAGAAAGGCUGGAAGAAGAGCCUGCAGGAUGUUUCCUCAGUGAGGGGAAGGCUGCUGCACAAUGGCAGUUUUUGAUACUCCUGAGGAGGCCUUUGGUGUCUUACGUCCAGUCUGUGUUCAGCUCACAAAGACCCAGACAGUGGAGAAUGUGGAGCAUCUGCAGACACGACUACAAGCUGUGAGUGACAGUGCCCUUCAGGAACUUCAGCAGUACAUCCUCUUCCCUCUGCGAUUUACCCUGAAGACCCCAGGUCCCAAAAGAGAGCGUUUGAUCCAGAGUGUGGUGGAAUGCCUCACAUUUGUCCUUUCUUCAACAUGUGUGAAAGAACAAGAGCUUCUCCAGGAACUCUUUUCAGAACUCUCUGCUUGUCUGUAUUCACCCAGCUCCCAGAAAACUGCGGCUGUGUCCGAGGAGUUGAAAUUGGCUGUGAUCCAGGGACUUAGCACAUUAAUGCACUCAGCUUAUGGGGACAUCAUUCUGACUUUUUAUGAGCCCUCCAUUCUGCCACGUUUAGGAUUUGCUGUAUCUUUACUGUUAGGCCUUGCAGAACAGGAGAAAUCAAAGCAAAUUAAAAUUGCCGCCUUAAAAUGUUUACAGGUUCUACUCUUGCAGUGUGAUUGUCAGGAUCAUCCAAGGUCGUUGGAUGAACUUGAACAAAAGCAGCUAGGGGAUUUGUUUGCCUCUUUUUUACCUGGAAUCUCAACUGCACUGACCAGGGUUAUCACGGGAGACUUUAAACAAGGUCACAGCAUUGUCGUAUCUUCCCUAAAGAUCUUUUACAAGACAGUGAGCUUCAUUAUGGCUGAUGAACAGCUCAAAAGAAUCUCAAAGGUCCAAGCAAAACCUGCAGUUGAGCACAGAGUAGCGGAGCUGAUGGUUUACAGGGAAGCAGAUUGGGUAAAAAACACUGGCGACAAGUUGACUAUCCUUAUUAAAAAGAUAAUUGAGUGUGUUUCUGUUCACCCACACUGGAAGGUGAGGCUGGAACUGGUAGAACUUGUGGAGGACCUUCUUUUGAAGUGCAGUCAAUCAUUGGUCGAAUGUGCUGGUCCCCUUCUGAAGGCCUUAGUGGGACUAGUAAAUGAUGAGAGUCCUGAAGUCCAAGCCCAGUGCAAUAAAGCUCUGAGACAUUUUGCAGAUCAAAAAGUAGUGGUGGGCAACAAAGCCCUCACUGACAUCUUGUCAGAAAGCCUGCAUUCCCUUGCCACAUCUCUUCCUCGCCUAAUGAACUCCCAAGAUGACCAGGGCAAAUUCUCUACUCUUUCCUUGUUACUUGGUUAUCUGAAACUCUUGGGCCCAAAAAUAAACUUUGUCCUCAACUCUGUGGCCCAUCUCCAGCGCCUUUCCAAAGCACUCAUCCAAGUUCUAGAGCUAGACGUGGCUGACAUCAAGAUUGUUGAGGAACGGCAUUGGAACUCUGAUGAUCUGAAUGCUUCUCCAAAGACCUCAGCCGCACAGCCUUGGAACCACAUCCAGAGGAGAUAUUUCCGCUUCUUCACUGAUGAGAGAAUCUUCAUGCUCUUGAGGCAGGUUUGUCAGCUACUUGGUUAUUAUGGGAAUCUUUAUUUGCUUGCGGAUCACUUUAUGGAACUUUACCAUCAAUCUGUGGUUUACCGGAAGCAAGCUGCCAUGAUCCUUAAUGAACUGGUUACAGGGGCUGCUGGGCUGGAGGUCGAGGAUCUUCACGAAAAACAUAUUAAAACAAACCCAGAGGAACUGAGAGAGAUUGUGACAUCUAUACUUGAAGAAUACACAAGUCAAGAAAAUUGGUAUUUGGUUACCUGUCUUGAAACUGAGGAAAUGGGAGAGGAGCUGAUGAUGGAGCACCCAGGCCUCCAGGCCAUCACAUCUGGUGAACACACCUGCCAAGUUACAUCUUUUCUAGCCUUCUCAAAGCCAAGUCCCACUAUUUGCUCCAUGAACAGUAACAUCUGGCAAAUAUGCAUUCAGUUGGAAGGAAUUGGCCAGUUUGCAUAUGCACUAGGAAAAGACUUCUGUUUGCUCUUGAUGUCAGCCCUUUAUCCAGUACUGGAGAAGGCUGGAGACCAAACCCUACUCAUUAGUCAGGUGGCUACCAGCACCAUGAUGGACAUUUGCCAUGCUUGUGGCUAUGACUCCCUGCAGCACCUGAUCAAUCAAAAUUCAGACUACUUAGUGAAUGGGAUCUCUUUAAAUCUGCGUCAUCUUGCUCUGCACCCUCAUACCCCAAAGGUCCUGGAAGUCAUGCUGCGAAACUCAGAUGCUAACCUGCUUCCUUUGGUGGCAGAUGUGGUUCAAGAUGUCUUGGCCACCCUGGACCAAUUUUACGAUAAGAGAGCUGCUUCCUUUGUCAGUGUUCUGCAUGCUCUGAUGGCAGCAUUAGCCCAGUGGUUCCCAGACACAGGUAAUCUCGGGCACCUCCAAGAGCAAAGUUUAAGAGAAGAGGGAAGUCAUUUGAACCAAAGACCAGCAACUCUUGAGAAGAGCACCACCACAGCUGAAGACAUUGAACAGUUUUUGCUGAACUACCUCAAAGAGAAGGAUGUGGCAGAUGGAAAUGUCUCGGAUUUUGAUAAUGAAGAAGAGGAACAGUCAGUCCUUCCCAAAGUGGACGAGAAUGACACCCGUCCAGAUGUGGAGCCACCACUGCCGUUGCAGAUCCAAAUAGCCAUGGACGUGAUGGAACGCUGCAUCCACUUGUUGUCAGAUAAAAAUCUGCAAAUCCGCCUGAAGGUCUUGGAUGUGCUGGAUCUGUGUGUGGUUGUUCUUCAGUCCCACAAAAACCAGCUGCUUCCCUUGGCUCAUCGGGCCUGGCCCUCGCUCGUGCACCGACUCACACGGGACGCCCCCCUAGCAGUGCUUAGAGCCUUCAAGGUUUUACGUACCCUGGGAAGCAAGUGUGGUGACUUUCUACGCAGCCGGUUCUGCAAAGAUGUCCUGCCAAAGCUGGCUGGCUCCCUAGUCACCCAGGCCCCCAUCAGUGCCAGGGCUGGACCAGUUUACUCGCACACGCUGGCCUUCAAGUUGCAACUGGCUGUCUUACAGGGCCUGGGCCCCCUCUGUGAGAGACUGGACCUAGGUGAGGGUGACCUGAAUAAAGUGGCUGAUGCCUGCUUGAUUUACCUCAGCGCCAAACAGCCCGUGAAAUUACAAGAGGCUGCCAGGAGCAGUAGGAUCCCAUCCCAUCAAAGAACCAGCUGGUGCCUUCAAACCCUGGACGAACACCGACUGGCACAGGCUCAUUCAUUUCAUCCCUGUCAGAGCCCCAACUCCUCUCUUUACCCACACAUGAGCCUAUUGUAUUUGAACGGAUGAGGAGCCACAGAGGUGAUCCAUUAGUUCAGCUGAGCUUGAAAUUAGUAGCUCAUCCCCUUAAAUGGUGUGGGCAGUUUGGCUGAGCUUGGACUGCAAAGCUGUUCCCCCUUGGAUUGCACCCAGCAUGGAAAUGAGGACACACCUAAUAUUUUUUCCUUUUGACACUUGAUUAAUAGUUGACAAAUCCAAACCCAAGUAGUUAGCUUUCCUAUUAUCCAUCUUUUGACAGGCAUUGCUGCUUUUCUUUUUGAGUCCCAUUGUUCUAAAAAUACACUCAGAUCUGAAGCUAUUCACUGUGCAUAUAUAGGCCUGAUUUCAUGGUGUCAAAGAUAAGAGACAUCUGGCAGGCAGAUUACAAACCAAGUGGGUUGCUGGGUUUCAGAACUGAAGGCAAGGACCUCUGGGCUACUUAAAUCUACUUAAAUUCAAUGCUGCCAAUUCUGUCCCUACUUCCUUGGUGUUGUCAUGUCACUGAUAACCUGCCAGGGUCAACCAUCUUACUACCCGGUAGGAAAGCCAAGCGUUGGGUGUGUGUGCACAGUGCAUGCCGUGCCAGGUUGGGAGCAGAACGCUCUCGAUGACAGAUCGAGCCUGGUCGCAGCACCGCCUGCACAAAGUGGGUUUUGGUCGUCAGAGGCUGUGGUCAACCACAGGGUAGUCAUUUCCUCACUCUGCAGGCUCUGUCAUCCCUCUCGAACACCUCAGAGGCGUGGAAGUAAAUGUUGUCUCAGUACUGAGUAAAGUAGCCAAGGAGAUGAUCUCUAUUUGUCUUAUUGUAUAUAUGUAUUUUAAAAGAUUUUUAUUGGGUCUCUUAUGAUGAGCCAAGUGCUGUGUUGAGAGUUGAAGAUUUUCAAAGAUAACUAUCAAGACCUCACAUUGUUGUUCAAUAGCAAGAUAACUUGGGCAAAUUAAUUCACUUCUCAAAGUCUCUUUUUUCUCAUCUGUAAAACCGAAAAAAGCAUAUAUGUUACUUUGCUUAUUUCACCUACUACAAUGACGACAAAGUCAGGUAGCAAAAAAUACCGCCACAGAGUAAAAGUCACUAAAUAGUAGUUGUUAAUCAUUAUUUAAAUUUCUUCUUAUUCCAAAAAUGACUUGGAGCAUCUUAUAAAUUGUUUGUAACAAAGAAAAAAGGAACUGAAGAAAUUUUUUAAACGGAAAAAUAACAGCAAAAACAAGAUGAGACCAAGUUGAGGUUAAUAUAGACAAUACAGUUAGAGCCCUGCACCCUUGCUAGAGAGGAGCUUUCAGAGUGGCUCUGUGCUUCCUGACAGACAGCAAAGAGGAAAAUGGUACAGGAAGUACCUGAAUAAGAGUUUUUAAAAAGAAAAGGAAAGAAAGCUUUUCAGAAAGAAGCAUGGCUUUCCUUAUUACUGAGGCUUGAGGAAAAUUUCUCUGUGGGUCAUCUUAAAAGAACACUGGGUACUGUUGUGACUAAUAUCCUCAAUGUCCUUGCAGUAAAUACAGAAGUACAUUUCCUAGAGCUGUUUCUGAAGGCAUCCGUGAGUGGAGGCUGCUGGCUUAGUGCCAAAGCACAGGUUACAGGAAAACAGUUCAGGCAGGAGGUGGGCAAGCCUACCUAGGCUGCUAUGAAGAUGUCUUUAUCUUCAAGGGUACAUACCUUCCAGGGAGGGGCAGGAAACAAUGUGGCCCGAGAGUGCAGCCAGCUGGGGGAAAGGUCCGAGUCAGCCCUCAUAGUGCUCCGCACAGAAUGCCACUUUGAAAUCUGUGCCCAACACACUGUCGUGGGAUCUAGGCUUGCAGGGUUCCUGGAGGCAGGAGAACUGGCCAGAUGGAAAGAGCUGCUUUUAAAUCUCGCCCCAGUGGGAUUUAAACCCUCCUAGAUUCUGGCUUAUUUUUGAAUUGUCUAUAACAGAUUGGACCUCUCAGCGCCAUAUCCUUUUAAAUAUGCACAAAGCAGUGGAAUUAUUCCUCUGCAUUUAUGAUACUUUAUCCUGUGGCACUUCAGGGGUAUGGUCAGCAGCAUUUGCUUCUACUGGUGUUUAUGGUUUUAAGUCCUGCCCUUGUUGCAUUUAAAUAUUUUUGAUAUGGGUCUCUGUGUGAGUACGCAUGUUGGCGUUAGAUCGAUAGAUGAAUGGUUUUGAACAGGUAAACAUAGUUAAGUCUAAUGAGCAUGUAUAGCUGCAAAGGUAAUUGGUAGUAUUUAUUUGGAGAGUAAAUCAUUGCUUCAAGUCAUAAUCCUCCAUUUCCAACAUUUAGAAACAAAAAAUGACCUCCGUGCAGGGGAAGAUAGCUAAAUUGAAUAGCAAGAAAGGACAGGCUUGAAAUACUGGUUAGCCAAUGAACCGAGACCCAUUAGAGUAAAUUACCAAGUAUAGAAACAUAACCCCACUGCUUGCUGGCUAGGACGCAUCGACACCCUGAGCAUCCAUUUGUUUAAAAGGAAACACACAGCCUCCUUUGCAACAUCAGCAUGCACAGAGUGAUGGGAGAAGAGAUGGACAGAGUGGAGGAGAGUGUGGAGGCUGUGCUGCCAGAGAGGGAACAACGGGAACGCCAAAAUAACUUAGUGGGUAUGCCUGCUUUCCCACAAGUGAGCUUACUUUCCCACUGCAUUUAACCAUGCCCACAUAGAGAGAGCUUGUAUCGUGUUCCUAAGGAGACAUUUCUGAGUAACUUCUUUAGAAGCCCCAAAUAAGUAAGCAAACAAACAGAUCACAAAGCCGCAUGUUCUUUACCACUGGCAUUUACCCUGAUGGCUCAUGAGAGCAUUUUAUAAAUCCAGAAAGAGACAGAGAACAGCAGAUCCCUCAAGCAAGUAAUUGACAGAGGAAGAAUAGCCUGUCACCCAGGAGAGCUGGAAGCCCCGCAUUUCAGUUAUAGUUUAUUUAGCUUUACUGGGCCUUCAUUGGCUGGCGGUUUUCUAGAUCUCCCUUUGAGCAGAUGUUGUCUAGACAGAGAUGGUGAGAACAUACUCUGUAAUAUUCGCUCCUGCAGCAGAGCAGAGGGGGUUCUUUUUGGUUUUGCCAUAUUGGGAGGCUGGGGGUGGGUAAUGAUCCAGUGCCCAUGAUUGAAAACUCUCGUGGUCUGUUGGAGCUACCAGGGAUCUUAGAACUGGUCUGGUCCACUCGCUCUUUACAGAGAAGCAACUUGCCGUGCCUCUCCUCAGGAAGCCAUGCCUGGUGCCACCUGCACAUCACUUCUGGGAUGGCCCUUGCCACGGUGUGCCAUGGGCCUCUGUGAUCCCUUAGUCUACCCCAGCAGACAGGGAGCCCUGAGGGCAGAGCCCUUUUUGUCCCUCUCUCUUUGUGCCUCAAGCACCUCAGUUAGUGCCUGGGCUGGACCAGGCUCUAGUAAAUAUUUGAUGAACCACAAAGAGAUAAGACUUAAACCUAGCUGACCAGAUUCCAGGAGCACGUUUCCUCCCUCCUCAUUCCCACCUCCUCACCCCCAGCUUGCUCACUAGAAGCACCCCCAUACUGAUCACGAAGGAAGGAGCCGCUUCUGGUUUGGCAUCUGGAGUUUAUUAGGUACUUACUGAUAGCCGUCAGUUGUAGAUAGGGCUGAAGUACAGGCAAAUGGCUGCCUGCAUGGAGUGAAAUUCAAUAAAACCACAUUUUAAGUGAAAAAUCAGUAUAAACACCAGGCUUCUUUGCCAUGGAAACAGGUUGCUUAGAAACUGUCUAACAGCGAGUUCUAAAUUUUUUAAAGUCAAGUUAUCAUUUAAGCUACACGGCCCUACAGGUUAUUGAGAGAUAAUCACUCGCCUCAGGACACUCGGAGGCAUGUGGCACAGCUGAGUGCCUCCCGAUACUCUGGGGACCAGAUAAUCUCUUGAUAACUGUGCUCUCUGGAGCCACUGAUUUGGGCCUGGGGGGAGAAGAAAGAAAUUUUUGUUCAGGAGUUAAAUGGCGUACAUAUAUUUUUUAAAAAGUGUUUCUCUUUGGGUUUGAAAAAAGAUGGAACUGGCCAUUUGGCGUGUUCAACAGCCAUCCCUGUGCAUCGCAAGAUGUAUUGGGAACAUUUUCCAGGCAGUUACCCCAGUCACUUCAAAGCAGAGGUCCUGUCUUUGUCUUCUGGCUUUGGCUUAUGCAAAAGGAGUUUUCAACAACUUUGGCUUUCAGCUGUUCAUUCUCUGGGGGUCCCUCUUCCCAGCUAAGGCUGGGCAGGAACUGGCCCCAGGACAAAGUGACACCAGAGUUUGGAACAAAGCCUGGCGCUAAGCACUCAGAUCAGACCUCCUGGGCCUCAGGCUCAGCUCCCAGGGGCUUAAAGCCAACAAGGGUGCCGUUCGGAAUUUGUCACGUUUAGAGUUCAGCAGGCCGUGUGCCUCUCAGGGAGUGAGAGCACAGCUACGCCUGCCAGCCAUCUGGUUGCAUGGCACGGCAUUUGCUCCCCACCUCAGGCAUGCAGAGGACCAAGUAUAUUGCAUUUGUUUCUUCCUGAAAAUAAUGGGCGAAAUUAGAACACCAUUGGCUGAGAACUGGGACACCCCCACCAAGUCAGUAUGGAGAAAAUUAUGAGUGAAACAAAAGACAAAUGUUUUGCCCUUUUCAGGGUAUCUGAAAAUUAUCCAUGGCAUGGCAGUGCUGCUAAGAUUGGUAGUGAUAAUUAUGCCUCAGACUGUCUGUCUCUCUCUCUCUCUUUCUGGAAGAAAAGAAGGAAUACUGUUUUCAUCAUAUACUUCAAAGUGUUGUCCUGCACCUCCUCUCCUCAGAGCCUCAGAACAAAGCUGUGAGGAGAGUGGGCCAGGUGUGAUCAUCUUUGGAGAAAGAGGAAACAGGUUCAUGAGGCAAAAUAACUUGCUCCAAGCCACAGAAGUGGGAGAAGGAACAUGCAUUCCUGCUGUUCUGGGGCAUCUGCCCCUUUAAGAGCAAAGAAAUGAGACCCAAAACAGCCCUUCCAAGAGUUUUGCUCUUGCUUAAUAAAAGAAGGUGAACUUUGCACAUGUUUUUCCUUUGCUUUUCUGUUAAUAUUUUAUGUGGAUAUCUUGCAGGGCAAAAAGAGUGGCUUAUUUUCUUUUCCUUUCCUGCCAACGAAUACGACAUUCAUAUUUAGCAUGUUAAAAAGAGCUCAGAAAAUGAACAUUGCAGCAUUUUCAUGCUGUGUAAGUCAGAGCGCAGCUAUGAUUGAACUGGGCCGUGGCACCGCUUUGCUGGGUGUUGCCCAGAUAAAAAUAUUUCUUGAAGCUGGGAGAGCACCAUGCUGUAGCUUGAGAAAUUGUUCCAGCUCUUGAAAGGGGAAAAAAAAAUCAAAUGAAACCAUUUGCAUUCUAACAGUCUUUGGCACCAGGGAAAACUGUCAACUGUGUCACGUGUAAAUAGAAAUCUGCUCCCCACUUUUGGUGCAUUUUUUCAUAAUUUCCCUUGCCACUCUAAUUAUCAAAGAUAUUUUUAUUUUUAAACAAAAAUUGUCUCCCACGCAGGCCUCAUCUCCUUUCUGCGGUGAAGUGGAAACGAUGAAUUAGAAUAUUCUAAUCACUUCUCCAACAACCGCUGUGGAGGUUAUAAACACAAGAUUAUCCUAAGCAAAGAAAACUAAAUUGUUUGGGCACAGAACAGGCCAGGAAAAAAUUCAGUAGGCCGGGCCCGGUGCUCACGCCUGUAAUCCUAUACUUUGGGAGGCUGAGGAGGGUUGAUCACCUGAGGUCAGGAGUUCAAGACCAGCCUGGCCAACAUGGUAAAACCCUGUCUCUACUAAAAAUACAAAAAUUAGCCAGGCAUGGUGAUGGAUGCCUGUAAUCCCAGCUACUCAGGAGGCUGAGGCAGGAGAAUUGCUUGAACCCAGAAGGUGAAGGUUGUAGUGAGCCGAGAUCGCGCCAUUGCACUCCAGCCUGGGCAACAGAGUGAGACUCUGUCUCAAAAAAAAAAAAUUCAGUGCCCUUGUCCACCCUCCCCACUGCCCCCACUGCCUCCCUGACCUCCUAAGUGUAUGUCCAUUACACCUAAGGAUGGUAUCAAGACUGGCUUCACGGUAAGACCCAAAUCCCCUGAGGGUGCAGGUCUUUCAUAUUAGUGAAAUUAAAACCCAGAAUUUUACUCCCACUUAGCAGGCGUUGAAGUUCGUAUUUAAUGCCCAGCAGUAUGCAAGAGGCUCCUUAGAAUAAUUGCCGAUAAUAAAAUGUGAUUUAUCAAAUAGAUACUACGUACUGUUAAUUGGUAAAUAGGGAUCACAUGUGCUAGACUGUAUAGGGCUUGAUCUGUGCUUUAAACCUCAGCAAAACCCUGAGUGAAGUACAUCCCCCAUUUUUUAAAUGGGGAAACUGAAACAGGGCAAGUUGAAUAAUUUCCUGAAGCCACAUAGCUAGUGAUGCCUCUGAUAAUUUGAAUUCUGUUAAUAAUCUUCCUUGUUCCUUCCUUCGUGGUGAGAGUUUAACCCCUCCUUCAGAUCCUUUCGUAGAAUUUAAGUAUUCUAGAGAGGGUUGUCGUCUAAAGUCAUUCAUGUGCAAUGUAGUAACUCACCACAUCCUCAUUAAAAUGAGAAUUCGUUCAUUGUUACAUGGACACAUUGCAGGGGAAAAAAAGAAAAAAGAAAUGAGAACCUGUUCAGUCAGUAUUAACUGGAUGCUGACCACAUGCCAUUCCAGGUGCCCGAGAUACAGCAACCUACAGAACAGAUGUGAUCCCUGGUCCCUGCCCUCGGGGAGCUUAUGUUGUGAGGGAGACAAUCAGUAGUCAAUAUGUGCUGGGAAAGGUGUCCUGAAAGAGAAAAGUAAGGGGCAGCCUUACUUGGGCACAGUGGUAUGGGCAGAAUGGCAUGGGGAGCCCAGCCUCCGAGCAGGCGAUGGUGAGCUGAGAUGGGCAGACUGGCUGGGAGGCCCUGCCCACUGCGGAGGGCCCCAUUCUUCCAGGGAUUGCCAAGUCAGACUGAAUUGCCACCACGUAUGAAGUUUACGCCUAGACUGCCCAACACAGUGGCCCUGGGCACGUGACUGAUCUUUCAGAAAUAGUAAUUGAGCAGCUAAGAGGCAAGAGUUGGGACCCCAAAGUUCAGACGAAGAUAAAAACCACCCUCGGUGGCUGUGGGGUGUCUAGUAGCCCAGGGCUCUUGAGCUCUGUCCCUGUCAUGCGUCAGAGGAUAUCAGUGCUCUAUCUCUGCCAAAGGUUACAGAGCAGGGCUCAGCCAGUCCUGCCCCAGGAGAAUAAAGGAACCCUUUGACAGCCUGCCAAAGGCAGCAUAUUCUGUGGGUCUGAUCCCUGUGGGGAAACGGGCUCCUCACACGGGAGCCUUAAGUGUCUGUUCAUACCACCAAGUAUCCAUGGCUCUCAGCCAGGAAGGGUUCAACUGCUGAGUUCAGCACCGUGCUGGAGAACCAUAAUAUUAAGGCUUGCUCAGGGCCCCCGAGCAGGACAGGGAGCCCCGCCCUGGGCCUGCCCCCAACCCUGGGCUGGGCCUGUGAGCUGAGCAAAGCCUUUAAGAAAGGGUACACUCUGUCAUUUUUCUUCUUUGUGAAAACUCCUGAGCUUUCUACUCUGGAACUCAACCUCUUUCUUUGCCAAGAGCUUGUUCGCUGUCGAUAUUGUUCUGCUCAGACUAAUUACUGGUUUCUGUAUGUCAGUGGAUAUGAAACUGUUACCUGUAUUUCUGUCGGGCUUUGGGACCAUCCUACCAGUCCUGUCUUAGGAACUCAAGUGGGUUUUUUCUACUGUUUGAAGUGACUUGAUAUGGUUAUCAGUUUCUUCUCAAAUAGCCCGGUAAACAGCCUCCUGGUUGGGGCUGUAACAUUCCCCACCUUCCCUCCCUGUACCCUCUACUCACUCCUUUCCAUCUCU